UCCACCUCAACAAGUUGAAGCAUAAAGGAAGAGAGCUGCUUUCAACCCGACAGCCUGUGAUGGAAAUCCCUGCCGUAAACCUCAAGGCCAUAGUCUUGGUGCACUGGCUGCUGACAGUAUGGGCCUGCAUGUCGUGGCUCCCCUCCUCCUUCGCUUGGGGGAACUUCGGCGUCUUGGCCGUCGGCGUCUGGGCCAUCGCUCAGAGGGACUCCAUCGACGCCGUGCUCAUGUUCCUGUUCGGGUUGGUCCUGACGAUCCUGACCGACAUCGUCCACUUCGGGAUCUUCUACCCGAUGAACGAUUACGCCGCGGAGAGCCGCUUCCGCUUCAGCGCGGCGGCGGCCAUCACCAGCCUGCUGCUCAAGCCGGCGUCCUGCUUCUUCGUCUACCAGAUGUACCACGAGCGCGGCGGCGACUACAACGUUAACUUCGGUUUCCCCUCCGUGUCACAAAACCGAGAGGCCUACCAGUCCAUCGACCCGCAGGACGAGUGCUCCUCCUCCUCCUCCUCCUCCGCGCCGCCGCUGGCGGCCAAUCCCUUCAACCAGGCCCAGGACGGCAAAGCAGCCGUCCGCGCGUACUGAGGGAACCAGGCGGGGCACGAGGCCGUCGAGCACUCUGACUCGUUCACUCCUCUCAGUGCCCCCCCCCUCCCCCCCGUGUCCGAUGCGGUCGCUCCGCUGCAGACUGAAUACUUUACGUCUAACUCAAACGUCGGCGUGAAUUGAAACCGUUUACAUUUUCUCUCUUUCAAAGGUUGCGAGUGCUUUUUCUGCUGAGCCGGCACAUCGCUGCUGAAUAAAUACAGAGGGAACACUGCUCUUCCCACACACACACACACACACACACACACCUCCCCCCUGCUGUGUUACCGCCUACUAUUUUCAGUGUGGAUGUGUUAAAUGGAGCAGUUGUGUCAGUUUACUUUUUCCCACCCGAGUGAGUUUUUUUUUUGUGUGUGCAAAUGUGCUUCUUCUCGACCUCGUCUGUUCCUCGUCGCGAUCGGCAGUAAACGUAAUUAUCUUUAUGGCCCCGUUACUCUUCACGCUUUACGGUACAACCGAUGCUGAAAGCUUCUCACACCAGAGAAGCGCAGCGAUCGGGUUUAGAAGAUCCCCCGCGCCUUUCGGACUCGAGCUCUGACGUUCCAGACCCGGUGACGCCCAAACUCGUAUUCUCUACGGACGCGACGAUGAAAAAUCACAUUACAACUGAGUUUUGAGAUGAAAAAUAAAUAAAUAUGAACUGUGCAUGAAAAAACAAACAAA